CCUCUGCUAACGGCAGGAAGAAGACCCAGAUGAUGAAGUGUACUGUGGUCCUCUUAACUGGUUUCAAAUACCUCUGUGAGGUAGAGAAAAAUUCAGUGGGACAAGCAUUAUUGGACAACGUAUGUGACCAUCUGGAUGUGCUAGAAAGGGACUAUUUUGGGCUCAUGUUUUAUGAAAAUGUUGAGGAGAAGAUCUGGCUUGAUCCCACAAAAAAGAUAAAAACACAAAUGCGAAAUACCUCCUAUGCCUCCAGAUCCGGGCAGACAUUGUUUCUGGGCGCCGGCCCUGCCCCCCUGUGACUCGUGCCCUCCUGGAAUUGUACACCAUCCAAGCGGAAUGUGGAAAUUAU